UACAGCUGUAGUAGGAGAGGUAACUCACGAAGAACUUUGACGUAAAUCAAUGAAUGUGUUAAAAAUUUGUUGGAAGACUUUGUCGCUGGAAAUGCUUUACCAGUUUGACCCGUUGUGAAGUGCAACAGUUAUUCCAGUGAAAUAAAAUACACCGAAAUACAAUACAAUUACUUAUCUUAUAGAUGUGAAACUUCUCUUGCGCAUGCCCAAAGACGCCAUUUUGAUCAAAUUUGUUGAGUCCUGAAUGCCUGAAGGGACAGAGACAGUUCAGAAGCAGAAGUGGCUGUAUACAGUGACAACAGUGCGGUACUAUGCCAGCACCAAGGCCUGGUAGUUUGAAAGAUCCAGAAAUCGCAGAACUUUUUGAUAAAGAUGACCCUGAAAAAAUAUUUGAAGACCUUCGUGAAAUUGGACAUGGCAGUUUUGGUGCUGUCUACUAUGCUCGUUGCCAUCAUACGAAAGAAAUUGUUGCCAUUAAGAAAAUGUCAUACGUUGGAAAACAAAGUGCAGAGAAAUGGCAAGAUAUCUUAAAAGAAAUCAGGUUUUUGCGCCAACUUAACCAUCCAAAUACAAUAGAAUACAAAGGAUGCUUCCUGCGGGACCAUACAGCAUGGCUGGUAAUGGAAUACUGCCUGGGGUCAGCAUCAGAUAUAAUUGAAGUUCACAAGCGACCGCUUAAAGAAGAAGAAAUAUCAGCUAUCUGCGAGGGUGUGCUACGUGGCCUUCAUUACUUGCAUUCUCUGGGGCGCAUCCACCGUGAUGUCAAAGCUGGAAAUAUCCUCCUUACAGAAAAUGGAACAGUUAAGCUGGCGGAUUUUGGUUCAGCAAGCAUCAAAUGCCCUGCAAACAGCUUUGUGGGCACUCCAUAUUGGAUGGCACCAGAGGUCAUCCUUGCAAUGGAUGAAGGCCAAUAUGAUGGAAAGGUUGAUGUGUGGUCGUUAGGGAUUACUUGUAUAGAACUGGCUGAACGCAAGCCCCCAUACUUCAACAUGAAUGCAAUGAGUGCCCUCUACCAUAUUGCUCAAAAUGAUACUCCCCAGCUAAGUUCAUCAGAAUGGUCUGACGUGUUUCGUCAUUUUGUGGAUUCUUGCUUGCAGAAGAACCCAAGUGAAAGACCUAGUUCAGGCAAACUGCUCGGGCACCAGUUCGUUACAAGGCAACGGUCACCACAUAUUCUUAUUGACCUUAUUCAACGAACAAAAGCAGCAGUCCGUGAACUAGAUCAUCUGAAUUACAGAAAAAUGAAGAAAAUCCUCAUGAUUGAUGCCUUUGAAACAGAGAGUAAUCUAGGAGAUGCUGAUGACACGCCUGAUGAGCAAACUGGUGGAGAUAGUAGCAAGAGUAAUAGUAUAACCUCUGAGCAUUCAAUCCAUUCUGUGGGUGUGAGUGCAUCUUCGCAAAGCAGUUCAACAAAUAGUCUUCCCCCAGCCACAGAUGGCAAUGAUGGCAAUUAUCCUCCUUCGGUCCGUAGGCACAAGGCCAGUAAUUCUAAUGCAAUCCAGGAUCAUGGUGCUAAUAAUUUUGCAACUAUCAGAACAACAUCCAUUGUUACCAAGCAGCAGAAGGAACAUAUGCAGGAAGAGAUGCAUGAGCAGAUGUCUGGUUAUAAGCGUAUGAGAAGGGAACAUCAGGCUGCUUUACUUAAGCUGGAAGAAAGGUGCAAGCUCGAGAUGGAAGCACAUAAACAACAGUUGGACAAAGAAUACGAGUCUCUGUUACAACAGUUUAGUAAAGAACUUGAAAAGUUACAGGUUAGACAUCAGCAAGAGCUUGAUCGAAAGGUGAAGCAGAAUCAGGCAGCAGAAAAGAAGUUACAGAAGGAUAUUAUGAGUCGACAGGAACAAGAUCGUAAGGCCUUUGAGACACAGAAAAAGAAGGAGUACAAGAUGAGUAAAGAGCGGUGGAAACGGGAACUGAGCCUAGACGAAUCGACACCAAAGCGGCAACGCGACGCCACCCUGCAGAGUCAGAAAGACAACCUCAAGCAACUGGAAGCUCAAGAAGAGCAAAGACUUCUUAGAGGCCAGAAAGAAUAUCUCGAUUUGGAGAUUCGGAAAUUCAGAAGAAAAAAAUUCCUUCUAUUCCAGAGCCUUGAAAGGGAGCUUCUUCAAGAGGAGUUAAGUAAGAGACAGCAACAACUGGAGCAAGCUCACGCAAUGCUUCUUCGGCACCACGAGAAAACGCAGGAAUUGGAGUACAGGCAGCAAAGAGCUGUGCAUCAACUUCGUGAGGAUCAGAUCAUGAGGCAGCAUGCAUCAGAACUGCAGAACCAACAGGACUAUAUGGAGCGUGCUGAACGGGAGCUACGUAAGAAGCAUGCAUUAGAGCUGAAGCAGCAGCCGAAGAGCCUCAAGCAAAAAGAAAUGCAGAUACGGAAACAGUUUAGGGAAACAUGUAAAAUACAAACUCGGCAGUACAAGGCGCUCAAAGCCCAAAUCCUGCAAACAACGCCAAAGGAUGAACAGAAGGCAGUGAUAAAGAAAUUAAAGGAAGAGCAGCGGCGAAAGCUUGCAUUGCUAGGUGACCAGUAUGAGCAAAGCAUAGCUGAAAUGCUUCAGAAGCAGUCGAUUCGUCUUGAUGAGUCUCAGGAGGUGGAAUGCCACCAUUUGAAAGAGCGUCUACACUAUGAGCUGGAAAUCCUAAUGGCCUACCAGUCAAAGAAUAAAAUGCAAGCAGAGGCGCAACGAAAUAGAGAACGAAAGGAACUGGAAGACCGUGUGUCCGUACGACGAGCUUUACUUGAGCAAAAGAUGGACGUGGAAACUAGACAGUUUGAGCAAGAAAGAGAUGAAAGGAUUAGGCUGUUGCAUGAACGACAUGAGAGGGAACUGGAACAGUUUGAUGAAGAGUCUGCUCGACUUGGAUUCAGUGCUCUGGCAAUAGCAGAGGCUCCAAAGGAAGCCUAUCCUGAUGAAGAAAGUCUUUCAGGUAGCAUGUUGAGCCUUGCACAUAGCAAUAGUUCAACAUCAUUCCCACCUGGAAGUCUUUAGCAUAUGCUUGAUCAUUUCCCUUGAUCAUUCAUAAAUCCACCUAAGCUCCUAUCUGCCACCCAUUUAAGUACCCACCUUUGCCCUGUGCCAAUUGGCUGUUAACAGCCAGCACAGGUAAAUAAUUUAAUGAGCAAAAAAUGGCAGUGGUAUGAAUUCAGAGAAAUGCAAGCUCAGGUGUUGGAUGUAGUUAAGAAUUUGACUGACAGUCUCGUAUUUCUUAUAAUAAGAAGCAUUGACGGUUUCCCCGUGCUCUGCCAGUUUUACUCUUUGGAAAUUGGUUAUGAGACUAUUUUAUUACUUGUGUUUAUUUAAUUACUGGGCAGUAGCCUUGGCUAUUGAAAGCUACUGAGCAUUUUGAUUAUACAGACUGCAUAGCUUGUAAUGUUCUCUUAUUCCAAUUGCGCAUUCAGUUUACAGCGCAUUUGUUUGAUAGAUAAUUAUACAGAUGUAUUUGUACGAUACCGACAGUGUGGUUGUCCUAAGUUUCAUUGUGUCAAUUAUUAUAAAAGCAGUGUAACAUUCCAUUUGUUCCAGUAAUAGACUCACAAGCGCUUGCAAAACUGAAGAAGUAUAGCGGCUUCUAUAAUUUUUUAAUUCUGUGAAUUAAACGGUACUGUUCAGUAAGAAUUUCUCUGUCACAUGCUGAUUAAGUGUAUUGACACAUUAUGGGACUUUAGAAUUAGCCUAAAAUUGUGGAAGAUACUGAACCACCAUAUCUGGUAUGCAGUAUUCUAAGUCAAAAAUAAACAGAAUUUGUAUCUUGUAUUAUUAUAUAGACUUCCUGUUUACCUUUUUCUUCCUCCCUUUCCUUUACGUCUAAGGUAAACCAGAGGAAAUCUUUUAUUGUGCUUGAAAGAAUUUGUGCAACAUAUGCAUGUAAACAGCUUAUGAGAGAUUCUGGUAUACCAUUACUUCCAGUUAUGGUACUAUGAUUAAGUCUCCUCUUUUUUAUGAAAUUAGUAUUAAUUUGUAUUGUUCAGUUGUACAAAUGGAAUCCUGAAUUGCAUGUGAAUCGAAAUUUACGCGGUUAUAUGUCAUAUUUGAAAGUAACAAUGAAGUUAACAUAAUGCAGAUGCAUUGUAUUGGGGAAAGAAGCUUCAGUUGUUCAGCAGAGAGAGGUGGCAAGGAAAAGUAUGUAACUGGAGAUUGUAAUAAUCUUUUUUAGAAAAAAAAUUAAUGUUAAUUUCCCCCUUAAUGUUUCCCAAAAAUGGUUUUCUUAUUGGACAACAUAAUAUUGAUGUAGAUUUAGGCCCAUGUUGUAUUGAAACUUACUCAAUUCUCCACUUUAUUUGUUCAACGUUGACUGUUUUUAAAGCUUUGCAUUAAAGUAUCUUCCUGUAAUGUGAGAAAGCUGUAGGGUUUGAUGCAUACCUGCAGAGUACUUGAAGGUGGAUUAAAAUAGUUAUAUGAAGCAUAAUCAAAAAGAAAUAUCAUUGAACACCCAGUAACACUAUGAUGAAAACCUUAAACUGGUGUAGCGGUGACAGAAAGUUGUUGCUCGUAAAAGUCAACAGGAUGUUGUAACAAUAAUGCAAAAUUUCUAAAAGCCUUUUUAUUGCCAGUGGGUGUGCUGAAGUUGAUGUAAAAAUAUUCAAAUGUCACUAAGUUAGUUACCAACAUUUUAUCACUUUGUAUUACCAAUGUGUGAUGAUAUCUUGUGCAAAGGUAGUAUAUUUGCAGAGCUCUUUAAGUUUUAUUUAUUGUAUCAUUUUCCAUGACACAUAGCUUAUCAUAAUUUUUUCUGUCUUCUGAAAUGAAAUGUAAUCAUUGAAGUAACAUACAGUGAUUGACACAUGCUAAUAUUUGAAUGUUUUUCAUAUGUAGUCAUUCACAUAGCCACUUUGUGGCAUAAAUUCACUCAGCAAGACAUAUGCUGUCCUCAUCUGCCAUGUAAAGAUGUACAUAAGUAAAUAAAGUACAUAAUUUUUAAAUA